AAGGUUAGUCGUUCCCCGUAUGUUUUGCCGAGGUGUCAGGUGGUUUUUAAUCACGUGCAGAAGAAGAACAUUCCGGCACGUUCGAACUCGAUGCGAUAAUCGUUAAUAAUCGAUUACUCGCUAAAAUAGUGAAUUUCCAAGGCAAUUCUUACUGUCUCCCGGACAGACACAAUGGGUGGUGCUGGUGCUCUACACCAAUCGCGGUUACUCACCAAUAGUCUGUUAGCGGGAGCCGGCCACUCUCACUACAUUGGUGACCCUGACAAGAAUCAUCGCAUGGCAAUAAUCCAUUUCGUCACCGCAUUAGUGACGCCGUUCCGAAUGAUUCUCCACUACGUUGGAGAUUCCGAUUGGAAAAGUUGGAGUUUGUGAACUCUCAAUACAAUGGACAAGUUCACCAAAAGACCACCGAGCCCGUUGGAGACCACAGGGCAGCGGAAUGAUCAGUCAGAGUCUGGAAAACCUCUAGAUCCGAUUGAAGAGCGGUCCGCAACUUUGCUGGACGUGAGCCAGACACUGUGGCAAAAACGGAAAUAUUUCAGUGAGCAAAUGGUUACCAGUUGCUCACGCCGAGAUCAGUUGGAAAGGGACUUAAAAUAUUUGCACGAACGCAAGGUCAAAUGUCAAUCGAUCAUACGGGACAAUGACUCUAAACGUUGGAGAGCCUUGCAGAAAUUUUGUUCAGAUAAUUACUUGUGUACCGUUCGUAAAAAAGAAAAGCAGAUGCUUAACGCGGAACUUCGAAAAGCCAAGCAAACCUUCGCCACCUUGAAUGCCAGAGCUUCGGAUUUGAGGAAGUACGAAUUGUAUAUGCUUAACGUCAUAUCUUCCCUACCAAAAGACUACAUCAAGCUUGCCGAUGACGCUGUGGCAGGAUUAAUGAUGCGCUAUAACACUUUAUAUGAGACUAACACUAGCCUCCGCCGGGAAAUGGAGGCGAAGGCCGAGGAGGUGCGCGUUGCGCAAUCUGACCUGAAGUCACUGGUCGAGGCCCAUCGAAUUCUUUUAUUUGGCAAGAACUCGGAACUUUCAGAGUUGUACACACAUCGGGAAAAAAUGAACGAUUUGUUUCAAGGGGCUCAGCAAUCCCUUAUACAUGGUCACGAGGAGCUUGCUCAACAGCUUUCGAACUUCAAGACCGUUAUCCGAUCAAUCAAUAAUAUCACUGGCAAACUGGUUCGCGCGUUCGAACCGAACCUUAAUGGGAUGCAUCUAAUGGCAAGGAUUCAGAAUAUGCCCCUCUUGUCACGUUGCCGUCUGAUAGAGGAACGAACGCUGGCCAUACGCAGCAUCAUUUCUCAGUUGGCCAACGAUACGGGAACUCUGCCUAUUUCCAUUUGCUCUCGACCUGAUUUGGUCAAUGUGCAUUCCGCUGCGAUCCCCGUCGCAUCAGCGAGUGAGUUCACGCUACUGAGCAAAUUGACAAGCGCCCAAAGUGAUGCAAUACAAUGAAAAGCAAACGAAAUGGUGAAGUCCACAAUGUCGCCUUCCUCGAAGUCAGGCUGAAUCAGCACAUCGGUGUGCCGGAGGCUGAUCAGCUACCAAAGUGGAUCUUACCGACGUGCAUAGUAAUCUGCCGUCGUCAUGUAUUCUCUUACAUGUAAUAAAACAUUAAUUUCACAAUGUUCUCCUCUGUUUACGAUAUCUUUUGUUGUUAAAUAUUACGUAACGCCUCGUGACGGCUGAAUUCAUCGCACUUCGGCGUUCUGAC